UUCCACCUUUCGAGAUAGCAUCAGCGACAGUGACCAGCUAGGGGAGAUCUGGUAAUCCACAGCCCACUCACUCGCUACCUAUUUCUCGUCGCCAAGAUGAUUCAACUGAAGACGGUGCUGCAAUGCAUCGACAACUCAGGCGCCGCAAUGGUCGAGUGCGCCAUGGUUGUCGGCCAAAAGAAGCUCGCCCGCAUCGGUGACAGAAUUGUCGUCGUCGUGCAGAAGCACCGCGGCGCCGGUGAUGGCGGCAUGGCUGGCUCCUCGGCCGCCAACAAGGUCAAGCGCGGCGACAUGCGCCACGCCGUCGUCGUCCGCACCAAGCAGAAGACGCUCCGCCCCGAUGGCAGCGUCAUCCGGUUUGACGACAACGCCUGCGUCCUGAUCAAUAAGGCUGGCGACCCCGUCGGCUCGCGCAUCAACGGUGUCGUCGGCGCCGAGCUGAGGAGGAAGAAGUGGAGCAAGAUUCUUUCCAUGGCGCCCAUGCACGCAUAGAACCAUA